GCCUACUUAGAAACGAAGGCUAAUCAAGCUAUUUUUUAUUUUUCCUUCUUCUGUGACCGGGAAUAUGCUCACUAUAGCUGCUCUGUUUGCUCUCCUUCUCUUCCUAUCAUACCUUCUCUUCCCCGUUACCUUCCGCUCGAUGGCUAGACUGUUCCUAGGGGCAGCCUGGUGGAGCAGGAGCAACAUCCCCACACUAGCCUACCAGAGAAACUCGCCGUUUUGUAGGGAGCUAGUCAGUCGCUGCCCUAUACUAACAGAAAGGUACAACCCUCCAGUGUGGGGUUACAAUGGUCACAUACAAACUGUAUUGUUCUCUUUCUUCGGUCGCUUUAAAGAUCUUAAUUUAGCGAGGGAGCGUGUGACAAUAAAAGUGAGGGAUGGAUCGACUGUGAGCUAUGAUUUAUUUGGAGACAAAAGCAUUGAUGAUGGUGCCCGUGGUAAUGUCAUGGUGAUUAUUAUACCAGGUAUUUUAAAUACAGCUGAAUCAGACUACAUAAAGCACACCACAUCUCAUUUAGUUGAAAGUGGGCAUCGUGUGGCUGUCCUUAAUCACUUAGGAUGUCUGCCUAACGAGAAACUCAAAUCACCAAGACUAUUUACAUACGGAGGCACUGGUGAUAUCUUGCUGAUGUACAAAGACCUUCUCCAUCGGUUUGGUGAAGACACUCUUUUUGUCGGCAUUGGAUUCUCUCUUGGUGCUUUUAAUCUUCUCCAUUUUCUGGCAGAAGAUGACAAAAUUGAGUCAAAGUUUGCCUGCGUAUUCUCCUUCUGUCAAGGAUACUGUCCGGCACAAGCUGCUCCAUGCCUGUAUCACUGGUCUGAAGGAAUGAGAAUUUAUAAUUUCCUUGUAUCAAAGCGUUUAACUUAUUUCUUGAAAAAGCAUGAGCCAGUACUUUUUAAUAAAGAAAGAGACGAGCCUACAGUUACUAAUGAGGACUUGAGUGAUGGCGAAUGUAUUCCUGAGUCUACAGUUUAUCAAGGAAGAGAUGUGAAUGGUUUCUCGCUUGAUAAAGGAAAGCGUUUAAGACCGGAUGACAGGGUGUGGUCCUGCACAUCUAUAACCGAGUAUGAUGAUCACUUUACAAGGCGUGUCUUAGGAUUUGAUUCAGUCACUGAUAUGUAUCAGACCAUAUCUUGCCGUAAGUUUCUGCACAAAAUAAAAUCAGUUCCAGUCAUACUUGUUAAUUCAAUCGAUGACCCCAUUAUACCAGAGGAGCUCCAUGAGAUACCAAUAAAAUAUGCUACCAAUCACAAUCCGAGGUCAAUCUUCAUACAAACACUUCACGGUGGCCAUCUUGGUUUCUACGAAGGUGGUUUGCUCAUUCCUAGCGACUUGUCGUGGAUAGACAGACUCGUAUUAGAAGUGAUGCCAGUUAUAUUGAAGCUAGUUAAGUAACUGUAUUAUAACUAUUAAUAUCAAAGCGAUUUAUCAUUGAUUUUGAUUUAGCUGUUUUUAAACUGAUUAUUUAAUAAGUCAUUAUUGAAGUCUCACUAUAA